UGGAUUAAACUUCUUCAUGCAACUUUUGUGGAAAGAGACCAAGAGCACCUCGUCGGGGAAUAGUAAAAACAUCAGCAACGGUGACAUCGCGGGCUCUCUAGUUACUGGAGGUGUCGCGUUCUCUCCCGGUCCCUCCGGGGAGAUGUACCAAGGGUUUCCCGGCGAUCCAGACAGCGGUUCCCGUGGAAGCUCCUCUCCAUCUAUAGAGUCCCAGUACUUUUCCUCCGUGGACUCCUUCGGAAGCCCGCCGACCACCAGUGCUCCGCAGGAGUGUGUGUCAGCGGGAGCAGGCUUAAGCAUCGUGGGCAGCGGGCCAGGGGCCAGUGUCGGAGCAGAGAUGCCCGGUUCAUUCGUGCCCACCGUCACCGCCAUCACCAGCAGUCAGGAACUGCAGUGGAUGGUACAGCCGACCCUCGUCUCCUCCCAGGCCUCUGGGCAGAGUGGGUCCACAACCAUGACCCAGUCAAUGUCAUUGCUUGACCCAUAUGACAUGCCAGGCCCCAGUUAUUCCUCAGGGUCUGCAUUUACCCCUGCGAGUUCGGACAAUCCGGGCCCGGCUCCGGGCCCGAUUCGCCUGUCCAGAGCCCGCAGCCGCCGUCCACGAGAAGAGUCAGUGAGUGACGAUGGAGAUGUUGGUGUGUUGCUAACACCAGAAGAGGAGGAGAAGAGGCGUGUUCGGAGAGAAAGAAACAAGUUGGCUGCCGCAAAAUGUAGAAACCGACGACGAGAACUCACAGACAAGCUGCAAUCGGAAACGGACAUACUGGAGGAGGAGAAGGCAGAGCUGGAGGCUGAGAUCUCUGAGUUGCAGAAGCAGAAGGAGCGUCUGGAGUUUGUCCUGGUGACCCACCAGCCAAGCUGUAAGAUCCCAUACCAGGACCAGUCUCAGCAGAGCUCAGCGCAGCUCCCUCCUCAGACCUUACAACCUCCGGUCUCCAUUGUGGGCUUGGCUGUGAAGGAAGACUCUUUCUAUCUGCCUCCUGCGUACACAGCCUAUCCGGCCUCAGCACAGUCCCAGCCUCCGCUUCAGCAGCAAGUCCAGCAGCAGCCUCAGCAAGGGAUAAUGCAGGAGGUAGAGUUUUCUAGUUCUUUCUAUGGCUCAAGUGAGUCGGCACCAGGCGGGCCGUGCCACAUAGCCAGCGACGGUGGUGGUGGUGUUAACCAUGACGACGCGGCCAUUGGCAGCUACAACACCUCAUACACAUCUUCAUUUGUGUUCACCUACCCAGAGGGAGCCUGCGGGGUCAGUGCCAACCAGCGGAACAGCAGUAGCGAGCAGUCUUCUGAUUCCCUGAACUCGCCUUCACUGUUGGCACUCUGACUGACUGACAGACACACACACAUAUCAACAAGCACACGUUACGCUGGUUGGAAGUAGAGGCUGAGGCCAGCACAUGCAGAGUACCCAUCAGUCUCGCAGAUUGGGAGAAAAGAACCAGUCGUUUGUUUCUGAUUGGGUUAAAGUUGACAUAUUCAUGCAUUCGAAUCAAGAGCCAUAUAAAUAGUUACAUUUGAUCUCGCCUUUGACUACGAUACAGAACUCAGUACUUGUUUUGUAUUAUGAGAAUACCUGCAGCUGGACAAGAUAAGUGAAUACAAACUUAGUGAGAGAAUCAUGUUCAAGUUGCAAAGCUUGAGUGCUCUGAAUCGAAAGAUGGAUUCAGAAUGAAUAUUCUCAAUCUUCAACCUCACAGUACAUUGAGUAAGAUACCACAAGCCAAACACUCCAACAAGCAACAGUGCCCCGAGCUUGUUCCCUCUGUCGGUCGACUUUCCAGUGUUCUUGCUCUCAUUCUUUUCCAUUCUUUACUCGCUUCUUCCUCUCGCUGAAUGUUUGUGCAAAUCAGAAAUUGAAGGACACGUCACCUCUAACCUUUCAUCUGCUCGACUUCCCUUUGCUUCUUCAUUUUGGACAUGUUGGGGAUCUGAUUGAUGCAGUCUCCCCUAAAUCUUCUGCUUUCCUCUCUUUUUGGUUCUUUAUUCUUCUGUCGUCUGACUAUGUGCCAUGCGACCCUUCUCUGCCCGUCUGUUUCCCCCUUUUCUGUCUCUGUGUUUCUCCCUCUUUCUGAAGUCUUUAACCCUAGAGAGCCCGAAGACCCCCUCCAGCCCCUGGGACCUUGAGUGAAUGACGGCCCAGCUAAAACACGCCCUUUUGCACCCUCUCAUGCAAGGACAUGGACACCACCUCCAUGAGGAAGACCCUUUUCUUGGAGCGCUUUGCUCAAAGUGGAUCCUUCGUGAACAGCAGCUAAUUAGCUUCACUUACGCACAUAGGCAUAAUUGAUGAAUACAAAAUGCUAGACGGAUGCCACUGUCUUCUGCUGAGCCAUUUCUCAAUGUUCACACAAUAUAAAUUAAGACACCUCUCGUGUUGUGGGGCCGGUUAAAAGUGAGGCUGGGAGACUCCCGUCCUAACCAUCCAUUUUCGGUCCCAAGUGUUGAAAAUGCAGAAAGAGCCAAAUGUUAAAAACAAAGAAGAUAAGGGAAAAGAAACCCUGCUCUUGCCAACUGUGUGGAAGAGUAGCCUCGGUGGAAACACCUCCAUACCAGAGCCUCGUCACCCUGGGCCUACGUGCCUAUAUUCACACCAUUGCUUUCAUGUCUCUGAGCUGACGAUAGACGUUUUGUUGCAGCACACCAGCUCUGUGUUUUGCUCAGAAUCAAUGGGAUGUGAACCGUGGCCUUCAGACAAGGGACCUUUUGUAGUGAUUAAGACAACCUCUAAACAUUUGGGCUCAGUGGUCUCUGUACCUCCCCUGUUUUCUCAGUGGAGAAGAGUUGGGGGUGCGUUUAUUGUGAGUGUGUCCUCUCUGAGGCCCCUGGCCCGUUUAUUUCUUUCUUUAUUGAGGUUGAUGUGGAGGUUGAGCGCAAAGCGAGACCUGGAAACAAAAGGGGCGAACAUGUGGGCCGAUGUCGUGGAGUGAGCGUUUCUUUGCCUGUGAAUUUGUACAAUUUGUUUUCUGUAUGUUUGAGUAAGAAUUGUUAUAUAUUUUAGUGUUUAUGUUUGUUUGUGUGUUUGAUUGUUUUGCAUUGACCUCUGCUUUCACUGUUGCCGUUUCUUUUUUUCUUUUUCUUUUUUUUCGUGUGGUGAUUUUCUCAUUACUGUUACUAUUAUUAUUGUAUCAAAACUAUUUGCUUCAUUAUUUUGUUGUAUUUUCAUUUGGCAACUUUGGAGGCAUGUUGUGCACUACAAAAAAAUCAAAUUAUAAAUCUAUAUGCACAUACAUAUAUACAGGUAUAAAUGUAUGUACCAUGAUUGUAAAGUAUGAAUGUCUGCAGAUCUAAAUGGAAUAUUUUUGUCAAUGAAGAACAAGAUAAAAUGUUACUGAGGUUUAAAAUACAUAUUUUUCUAAAGGAACUUACAAAGAUAUAUAAUGAAUUUACAGUCCUGCCCUGUCCCAUGAAGCACGAUGUCACUGCCUCUAUCAAGGUGUAUUUAUGUUUUAAAAACAAUAUAAAGCACUAUCCAAGUUACAUUAAAUGUAUGUUUAUAAUUACGAUGUUCGAAGGUUGUGCCUUUGUUUUGUUUGUUCUUUCUCUGUGAGGUCUGUCCCAAAGCUACUGACACCUUAAUGCCACUUGAUCGUUAGCAGAUGCAAAAUGAGGAAACAAACUAGUGUUAUUGAAUGUCGGUACACAAAUUAAAAGCCUUCAGACUAUAAGAUAAUGACUGAACUGUUUUAUUUCAGUAUGCAUUUCUGACAAGUAUAAAGAUCUCAGUCAAUAACAUUGUUAUUUACCAACUGAAACAUGUGUUUAAAGGUAACCGCAGUUUUAGCCUUCAUAUGUACAUUCUAAUGUUAAUCCAUUCUUGUACUCAAACGAAUAUGUUGUCUAAUUGAGAUGAACAUUUCUUGUGAUUGUAUUUGCUGGAUAAGAAGCUUUAUUUUCAAUGAAUAAACAUGUUUAUUCAAAAACAAUGUCUAGCUUAAUGGUCUAAACGUGGCUCUUGGUGGUCAGACAAUGGGAAGAUCUAAUUUUUUAAAUGUUGAAUAAGGACUGUGUUUGUACAGAUGUCGGAGAGGCUUUUGAUUUCUCUCUAAAUGCAAAUGUGAUGAGAAUAUGUUCUGUUGUCAGAAUAAGCAUAAAACAUGUUCAAUAGUU